UUGUAUGGGGGUGAGUUACGCUUGCGCUGAAUAAUCAAGCUUCUGGAAUCUAGAAAAGCAAGUAUAACACCCGCGCGUGCUUCAGUCUGACGAAAUACCUGUUUGUAUUCGCGACAAUUAUCCAGUUUCCUCUUACAAGUAUUUGUGUAUCAAAUUUCAUAUUUUUACCAUAAUACAUCAUCUCGGCAAAAAAAAUUUCACGAUGUAAAUUAAAAUGUGUUCUUUUCGAAUUUAUCUAUAGGACAAAUUUUCCAAUAAAAUCUGUGAAUUGUAUAUUUGCCUGGAAAAAGUAAAAAUGUCAUAACUAUUGUUUACAUAAAUGAGAUUGCAAGCGUGAGAAUUACAUUUUUUAUUUUUAUUAAAAAACAACAAAAUUAGUUUUUUAAUUAUUAAAUUGUUAUUUUAUUCAAAAUUAUUUGAUUAUUAAAAAUUAGCAAUAAUUUUGUCUAUUAUAAUAAAUAUUAACAUGUACUUUUGGACUUAAAACUACUGAAUUAUUAAUGUGAAAAUUAAAAGUAAAUUAUAUCACGACUGUCCUUGUUUCUUUGGCAAGCGAGGAAACUUGUUACAAAAUUUGAAUUUUAAAUGUUCAUUAGUGACAUCCUCUGAAACCAUGAAAUGUGCUCUAUUUCAUUUCACAACGUUUCUUAAUAAAAACGAAAAUUUUUUUCUCAUACAAUAAAUUUUAAUUUUAAUGAAAUUUUAUAUAAAUUGCAAAAAAAAAAAAUUAUAAAUUUAUUUGAAAAGGAAAUUUAAUUUUCAUGAAAAUAUUUUUCUCUUCUGAUAUGCAAAAAUUGUGCGAUAAAAUUAAAAAUUUAUUUCUUUUAUCUGAAAUAAUGUUUAAAAAUAUUGAAUUAAAAAAAUUUGGUGUCAAGGGAAAAUGAAGGUUCAAAUAACUGAUAAGUUAUUAAAUUGAUGACUAAUAAAAUAAUAAGUGAAACGAGUGUCUAUGGCAACGUCCGCAGAACAAAGGUACCAUGAUAACGGUACCGAAACAUCCGAGACAACAACAUCCACCGAAGUUUCUUCAAAUUCAAGUACCUGUCCAUCUAAUUUUCCUGACAAGUUUCAGGACUUUUUUGCCGCUCUCACUGAAGAUACUGAUGAUCUACCCAGCAUGUUGGAGGAUAAACUUAUACCAAGAAAAGCAGAUUUUACAAAUACGGACCCAAAGAAUAAGCGAAGGAAUAAAAAAACAUUUCAAAGACGUUGCAGUGAAAUCGAGGUGCGAAUACAUGGUACAUCAUUUUCCGGUACACAAAUUCAUUCAUCUUCAGACGGACCAAAAUCGCCAACUGUUCCUUCCAGAAGAAGAAGUUCAAGUAUUGCAGUUGCAAGACCAACACCAGAUCUACACAGAUUUCUCCAAGCUGAAGCGGGACCUUGGGGUCAUUUGUCACCAUCAUCGAGAAGUCCAACGAGAACGCCAGCAAUAAGUCCUGGAGCAGCUUCAUGUACAUCUCAUUUGAGUCCUGGUGCAAGUCCUGGUGGUCCAAGUCCCACUAGUCCAUCAGGCUCAGCAUCUGGUUCUCGUGGACCACCUCCCAGACAAUAUCGUGGAAGGACGAGCAGCAUGCCGGCUGUUCCUCGACACAAGCCAAUGCUUGUGGAUAUGAAACGAAAUACAGCCGGUGACGACGGUGAAACUGAAGAUGGUUUGGAAUAUUACAGGCUGCGCUCGUUUUCCAUAACUGCCAAUGGGGUUUACAAUCUUGGUGACUCUCUGAAAAGUCGACGAAGCAGAAGUAUCAACAGCGUCACGUCUUCUGGUACCAGUUGCAGUAGUACAAGAGAUGCUAGACUCUUAAGUUUAGCUUCUCAACUUUCUGGCAUUGAAGGAGAAGAGGAGCUAAGCAGCAGUCAAGUGCCUACUUACAAGGUGGGCAUGCUCGGAGCAUCUGGGGUUGGAAAAACCGCCCUUACCGCUCAAUUUACAACGAGUGAUUACAUCUGUGCCUAUGACGCAUCUCUCGAUGAUGAAUAUGGUCAGAAAAGUGUGUCUGUAAUGAUCGAUGGCCAAGAGACAGAACUAGAGAUAAUUGAUCAUCCAGCCUCUGAAAUGUCGGUUGAAACAUUCUGUUCCACGUACAAUCCUGAUGUGUAUGUUGUCGUCUACUCGGUAGUUGACAGGAGAAGUUUGAAAUUCGCUGAAGAGACUUUACUACAUUUAUGGAAAAGCGAUUACAUGGCUUCACAUGGUGUCAUUCUCGUGGGGAAUAAGGUUGAUCUCGAGAGGAAACGUGAAGUUCCUUCUAUGAUGGGGCGAAGGAUUGCAAACAGCUGCGGCUGCAAAUUCAUCGAAACUUCAUCGGGUUUAGCUCAUCACGUUGACGAGCUUCUAGUAGGAAUAUUGGCUCAAAUUAAAUUGAAUCCACAACGCGAUCGGGACCAAGCGACAAGAAGACGAAGAAGCAAAAAUAGAAAAAAAAUUCUUAAACAUCUUUUAGGUUUUAAGAGAAAAACCAAAAGUUGUGAAAAUCUUUUUAUCUUAUAACAAAUUUCCAAGAAAAUCCUCAUUCACUCGUUUAUUAAAUAACAAAUUUUAUUUUAUAAAAAAUAUUAAUUACCAACAGUUUUUUUUAUUAAUUGAUUUUAACUUUCAUAUAUAUAUAUAUAUAUUCCAUAUUAAACAAUCAUUAUUAAAAUCGUAUUAAAUAAUAAUAAACUAUUUGGUUCGAAAGUGAAGCGCUAUAAACUAUAUUCUUAUAAUAACAGAAACACUUUACUUUUUAAAACGCAAAAAAUUCUCUAUAAAAGGAAUAAACUACUGUAGGAGUUGCAAUGCUGGGAAUUGUAUAUAUAAUAUUUUUCAUAUGUGUUAUUGUCUCGAAUUCCAUUCAAAAAUAUUAUAAAUUUCAACUGAUAAUUUUUUUUUAAACUCAAUAUUUUUAUUAUACCUACACUGAAAUAAUUUUUUUAAAUUUAGGUAAAUAUUUAUUUUUAUUUCUAAAUCGUAAUAAUUAUAAUAUAAAUAUAUAUAAUUUUUGUUGCUUCCGAACAACGAAUUAAAUUUUAAAAAUGUAUUUAGGUAAAAAAUUUAUUACAAAUAAUAAGUAUAAGAUGUUUUUCUAGUAUUACUAAAAAGUGAAUAUUUAUCGAAAUUUGAAGAAAAAUUAUUGAUCCGUUUAUAGCGUUAUUUUAAAAUGUUUUUAAAAUAUUUUUUAUAGUUACAAUUUUUUAAAUUAAAUUGAUCCAUUAUAAAUUUUUAAUUCAACUACAUAAUGAAUAAUGGAAUUAACGCUAUAUUAUUCAUAAAAUAUUAAACAUGAUAUUAAUUUUGUAAAUAUAGAUUAGAAUUAUUGAAAAUUUAUAUUAGCUUCAUAUAAUAAAAAAUGUACAUAUUAUAUUUAAUUUUCAAUAAUCGUUACCGAAAUACAACUAAUUCGAUAAAUUCAAAAAAUCGUUAUUAAAAAGUCAUAUCAAAAAAGUAUAAUUAAUAUUUAUAAUAAUUUACUAAUAAUAAUAAUUAUUAUUAUUGUUAUUAUAAUAAAAUAAAAUAAUUUUUUUUCAUUAUAAUUAAAGUUCAAUUUUUUCUGAAGAAAUUAUCUCUUUUUUUUAUCUUUAAUGUUGGGAAAUUUCAUAUUUUUUAUUUAGAACCGAAAAAAAUAGGAAAAAAGUUGGUCAAGAUUGUAAUCUAGGAAACGAUCGGUUCAUUAACCAUUGUUGCGACCGGAACGUAGUCAUCGUUUUUUCUAAGAGCCCUUUUGUCUUAGGUACUUGACUUUCUUUUUUUUCUUCAAAAAACUUUAUAAUCAAGUUGUAUUGUAUUUUAUAAUUUUAUUUCCAUUGACGAUUUUCGAGUAUAUAUUGACACAGAAUUCUUUAAAUUCCACAAAUUAAUUAUUCUAUUGAUUUGAGGAUAUUUUUUUUCUAAAAAUUUAUUUAAUCGAAAAACAAAAAUCAAAUUAAAAAUGAAAAAUGUAUUUUAGUGAAGAAAAAAAUCUUUAUAAUAUGUCAUUAUAUUGAACAAAAAUUAUGAUAAUAAUAACAAAUUCUUGUAAAACAUAUACAAAAAAAUUUUGUUGUGAUACAUAUACUUACUUUCCAUUGAACGAGGACCAAAAAUAGAAUACAAAAUUGCAAAAAAAAUUAUUACCUAUUAUUAUUGUAAAAGAAUUUUAAACUUUUAGAUAAUCAAAUAAGUUACAAAAGUAACGCGAAACAAAUAUAUCUUUAGAAAUUACGUUUUUAAAAUGCAAGUUGAAAUUUAAUUCUCUUUUUUUGGAUUAAAUAUUUUAUAUUUAUAUGUAAUUCUCUGAUUUUCAUGAAAUGUGAGCAAUGAUGUAAAUUAAAAAAAAAAACGCGAACAAAACAUAGCUACAAAAUAAAAAAAAAACCAUCUAAUUAUAUAAAUACAUAUGUAUAAAUAUAAUUUCAUAUCCAUUGUAUUAUAUAACAUACAUGUGUGGAAAAAAAUAUUAAUGUAACUACCUUUCCUAAAAUUAUAAAGAAUACAUUAAUUAUA